UUAUAUUUAUUAUUAUAAUUACAAACGUGAAAUAGUAUUGUAGUAAUAUCAAAUAGUCAAGUGUAUAACAUCUUGCGUAUUCGAGUUUAAUGUCUUAACUCCAUCUUAAGAUUAUAGAGAGUAACGCGUAAAACCAUGACGCUUACCUGUGCGGGAAAAUUUUGCACGUCCACCGAUAAUACGAAAAUUGAUGGCAGAAGGAUAAGAUUUUUCGAACUUCCGUCUGAAAAAAUCUUAAGAGAUGCCUGGGCAAAAUUACUCAAAACAAGUUAUGGAAAAAACGGUGGUAGCACAGAUGCUAAGAAAGUACUAUGUGAACUGCAUUUUGAUAAAAGUUGUUUCGAUGAUGACAAUCAGAUGAAGCCUAAUUCUGUUCCUAGAUACAGCACUACUAAAAAACCACCUGUGAAUACCAAAUUUUCAUCUGCCUACGAUGAACCUCCAACAAAGAAAACAAAAAGUGACAGUGCUUUAAAUAAUACUCUAACAAAGAAAAAUGAGAGUAGUGCUGAUAAAGAAACGUCCACAAAAAAAAUUAAGCCUUAUCGCUUAACUGUACAAAUUGACAAAAUCAUUCUCAAACCAGGUCCUAAAUCCAAAAAAUAUAAUGAUAAAAUUAAAAUUAGUUUCGUUUCUCCUUGCAUUACAAGCGAAAUUGUUGAGUCUUUGGGACAGCUGGUUGACUUAAAGGACAGGCAAGAUUUACCCGCCUAUAAUCAGUGUUUGGUCUGCAAACAAGUAUUUAUGGCUCCCACAGCCUUAUACGAUCAUCUGAAAGAACAUUUUUCAUGUAAUGUUUGCAAGAUGGAAUUCACAUCUAGAAAAUCACAUGGUAAACACUACAAAAUACAUCAAAGUGAUUCACUGGAAUUACCAUUUAAGUGUCAUGUUUGCAAUUUACUGUUUGUGAAUCACGAAGUACUUAGUCAGCACUCGCAUAUAUUAAAUCCAGUGAAAAUCGAAAACAAGACUUACAAUUGUAAAGAUUGUAAUAUAACAUUCAAAAAUGACAUUACCUACAGGAAACAUAUUUUAAUUCAUAAACAAGAGUCCAAUGCUUCCAUAAAUAAAAAUGAAAAACCCAAAGUUAAAACGACAUUACCAGCAGUUUCUGCUGAUGAGUAUAUAUGUAAAAUCUGUAAUGCAAAAUUCUUUAGCUCAGCUGAAAUCGAAAGCCAUAUCAAAAUACACUCAUCAAAAAAAAAAGAACAUCCAACUACAGCAUAAGAAUGUGAAGUUAUUUUAAUUUCAUGUAGAAGGGAAAUACUUGAUGAUUUUAUUUAAUUAUACAGUAAUUUUUCAACUAAUUGACUGAAACGAAUUCGUAAUAAAAUUGCUACAUAAAUUCGGCCAACAUAAUAUUGAAUGUGCUACUAUUUUAUACUCUGUAUGUUGUAACUAAUGAUUUCGUCAUCCAGUUAAAUUGAUUAGUUGUAAGAAUGUGCUGCUUAAAAAUGAAACCAAUUUUUAUUUCAUUAAAAUUUGUUAUAUGUAAGUAAAAAUUUUGUUGUUUAACAAAAAAGUUCAAAUAUAUCUUUCGAUCAUUCAUAUUAUCAAUAAUUCAAUGGUAACCAUUGAAUUAGUUAAGCAUCAGGAGAAUAU